AUAAUACUAGCUUGCGUAUGAGCUGGUAUGAGCGCUUUGGCCGUACCGCACAAGAAAGUGUUUAUCUACGACGCGUGUUACGUGACAGAGCGAGUUGAAUGGGCCGCAAAACGUUGGCUGUACCACUGGCGGGGGUGCGCAAAUCCCGUAUGGGUGGCGGGUUGAGUGCACUUGCACUGAUGCCGCCUGCCGGCAUGUGCUGAGCUGAGCAGUGCUGAGUGUGCUGAAAGCGCUAUGAUAAAUUGGAUUGUAAAGAAUUACGUAAACGUAGAAAUCUUCGGUAAAUAGUAACCUUUCAUGAUUACCUCGUAAAUGCAUAAUUACAAGCGCUCCAAAGAUGGACAAUGCUGUACAAGUUCAGGAAUUGAAGGAGAAGGGAAAUGCUUGCGUUCGAGGCCAAAAUUAUGCCGAAUCCAUUUUACAUUAUACAGAAGCCAUUAAAUUGGAUCCCCAAAAUUUUUCUCUUUACAGCAACAGAUCCUUAGCUUUUUUGAAAAUGCAACAAUUUUAUUUGGCAAUGGAAGAUGCAAAACAAACUAUUCGCUUGAAACCAGAUUGGGCAAAAGGUCACUUUCGGAAAGCAGAAGUUGAAUUUCAAACAUUCCAGUUCUCAGAUGCUUUACUUUCAUAUGGGCGUGCUUUACAGUUACAACCUGAAGAUCCUGGAUUAAUUGAAGCCUUGAGACGUGCUUCACGAGAAAGCCAGAGAGAUCAAAGAGCUGAUGAUCAGAUACCAUGGUUGGGAGCAGGAGUGGGUAUUAUUACUGGUGUAUUAAUCGUGUUGGCAGAUCGCAUCCUCACUCGUUCUCCUACUUUGACGCAUCCUAUACUAAUGGUGCUGCUUACCUUGACUAUAGCAAUGCUGGGUUAUGCUAUAGCUCGUGCCUUUCGCUACUAUGUGAAAUGCCAAAGAUCAUCUCUUCUUGAACCUCCUCUUGAUUUACUUGAAGAAAUGAAACAAAAUGAAAAGAAUGAUAAAGAAUGCCAAGAUGAUUCGUCAGUGCCUGAGGUUGGAAAACAUGAAAGGACACAUCGGUACACAAAAGCACAGGCACGGCAACGAUACAAGAAGAAUAAAUCAUAAAUGUGUUGCUGAGCAAAUUAAUGUUUUCUACCCUAAGAAGCUUGCAUUUCUGUGAUGUGUACCUACAUCUCUUGCUCAGAAUGUCAGGCUCUCACCAAAAAUUGUCUCUAAAUACCUAUGUAUGAAAUCUGAGGUAGAUUUGCCAGUAAGUAAAUUUGAUUUACUUAUUACAUAUUAUCAGAUCAGCUUUACUUAAGAGGAAACAUGCAUUAAUAAAGUAGGACCUACAGUGAUAGAAAUGAUGCUGUGAAAAUUUUUUAAAGUUCAUUGCUGAAAAGUGAAGAAUGAUGCUCACUCGAGAGUUGUUGAUUUCUGUAGCUCGUGCGAUGAAUCGUUUAUGUAUAUAUCUAUAUAUGUAUCUUGUGUGGUUUGGUAAAGUUUGCACAUUUUGAGGAUGACUUUGUCUCCUUACAAAUGAUCUUUUACAAAGAAGAACGUUUUAAAAGGAAAAGUAGAACUUGAAUGAAACAAGUUUUCAUGCUGAUAAGCUAUGCUAGUUCUAACAACGAUUUACAAAUUUUUAUAGAACACUGUCUUGUUUUAACAAAUGAUAUAUUCUUCAGAAAUGUUUUCAUAUUUAUACUGCCUUAAAAGUUUACCUAUGCCAGAAAUAUAUUCAUCUUUUGUAAUAUAUUUACUAUAGUUGUGUAGCAUAUUGUAAAGUAAAAUAGUUUUUGUAUUUAUUAUGAAAAAUGAGAUGUUAUUUAUUAUUGCACAGACCAUAUUGUGCAUGUACAUUUUUCUUCUUGUUCAGACGUAUCUCAGUAAAUUCAAAGUCUUUAUUAAAUAUAGAUAGAAAAAACAUACAUGUUAUGUUUUGGAAUUUUAGUCAAUUUAUGUAAGAUCUCUAUAAGUGGAGAAAUUAAUACCAAUGGUUGCUUAGAAGAUGUAGAGAAACUAACUUUUCUGGGCAACAUAUCACAUUUCUCUAGACAUUUAAAAUGGACCCUUUUUAUCUAGAACUAACUCUAGUUGAAUGAGAUGGCAACUAGUAUAUAGGAUACAGUGCCAUUUUCCAAGUGCUCCUUUUUCAUGUAAAAUCUUUUUCUCUGACAUAUUGCAAAAUUUUAAUAUUGACACAAAAUGUAUUGGUACCACCUACUUGCAUUUAACAACCUAGCAAGAGUGCUAUUCUGCUAAUAAGAGUGCAUAUAAAAAAAUUAGAUAAAAUGAUUUAUUAGAUUGAACUCAACAUAACUUUUUCAGCUAAGCUACUUGUUGAAAUUUAGUUUUUUUGUCUGUGGGAAGUAGUAAAAGGUUUGUCUUUGAAAUUUUCAGUUGAGACAAUUUUUUUAAAUUUCACAUUGGAAGCCAAUCUUUUUGAUUUGUCUGCUGAGUUAUCACCAUUAGUUACAUAAUUGAAUAGUGGGCAACAUUUUCUGUAGUUGGUUAAUGGAUAUUUGUUUAAUGGUAUUUUUCAAAUGUUUUGAAAUUUAUUUACAUUUUCAUUUAUAUUAUCAUUUCAUUUGCAUUAUCAUUUUAAUGUCAUUGCUCAAAUAUCAUAAAAUUGAUUUUGAGUUGGUGUUCACAUGAAAGAGAAGUUGCUUUUUAUUAAAAUGACAAUGUUAACAUUUUUCUGAAAUUAACUGUUUUGAGUGAUUGUGUUUGCUGAUAAUGAACAAUAUGUGUGACAAGAGCAAGUGUAUGUAAAAUUAGUUUUAUGUAUUUUUAAUACACGGUUCACGUUUCUGUUACCAAGGAGGCACAUUUUUCUGUAUUAGAUUCUUUUGAUUGUUACUGAAUUUCCUCUAAUUUUCAAUUAAAAUUUUGUUGUAAUUUAAACUUCGUAAUAAUAUGAAUAUCUUCAGUCAUUAUAUAUUAAAUGCAUUUGAAUUGCAUGACUUAUCUUUUGAAUACCUUCUUCCCUGUAGCCCAUAUUUCUUUUUACUCAUGAGAACACAUCAGAAAGACUUGCUAAUGAAAAUAUCUAGAAUCUUUUCUCAUGAGAAAAUAGUUUCAUCGAAGACAUGCUUUUAAUUUAUUUCCGAGAGUAAAUUGAGUUAUUUGUAAUUUCGUUUUAAUUUCCUGUAAUUGAGUGGUUAAGAAUUCAAUGUUCUGAUCCUUUGAGACUUGGCCUUUGUUGCCAUGCAGUCUCAUUUCUGUUUCUUCUUUUCUUUGCACAAUCAAGUUAAAAUUUUCUACAUUUUCUGCUUCAAGUUGGUGUGAAAAAAAUUCUUUGAAUAUUCCUAAGACUGUGUGAUUUAAUGUUAAUUUUUGAUUUUUUAAUUGCAUUUUAAGAAUAUUAUAUUUUCAGAAUAUUGUUUGUUUUUAUUGAUGUACUUGUUUGAAAAUUGUACAUGUUAAAUAAAUAAAAUAACCAUAAUAUGAUGUUUUUCAUUAAAUUGACUGUAUUACUAGUGUAAAUGAAAAAUUACAUGACUGUUCUAAUGCAUGCAAGCAGGCAAAACACCAUCUACGCAGUAUCAGAUUUGUGGCUGGUGACUGCUGACUUAGGGACUAGUUCUUACGCAUAGG